AGCGACGCGUACGCGUGUAUAACGAAGAGUCAAAGCUGUUUCCGUUACCAUUAAGUGUUGUUUCUUGUGGUAGACACACACACACACACACACACAGACACGCGCGCAAAGACACAGCAUACAAUCUAACAAAUCAAAUACAUACAAACGAAUUUACUAAGACGAAAGCGCCCGCGCAUUGUAGCAAUUUUCUUUUUGGCUGAACACUGACUGUAACAACAACAACAAUCAGCAUUAGCAGCAACAACAUCAACUAUAGACAACAGUCUGCACCAAUCAUUUUUGAGUUUUGGAAAAAGUGCACACAAAAGUAUAUAAAGUAAAUAAUUGGACAUGCAGUACUCCAGUAGCUCGGAAAAUUACUCAUCCUCGAUGCGCGAUACGCCAUCGAAAUGGAACGGACGUAACGACAAGAAUUAUGCCUACAAAAAGUCAUCGUAUCAAUACUCCAGUGCGGGUGAUAAUAAUGCCUCCUAUCAGAGCAAGACCGCCGAUGAGAAUAUUGAUCAGUUGGAUGCCUUGCUGGAGGAUCUUAAGCAGGAGCGUCAGCUGAGCACCAGAGAGCGCGAAAGCUUGCCCGCAGGCACCAGCUAUAGAACGCUCGAACGCACUGAUCCGUCAGGCAAUGUGACCAAGACGACGCGCAUUAUCAAGACCACCAAACAUACAGGUGGACAGCAGCCAUUUAGCGAUGAUGUGGAGACCUUUAAUCCCACGGACUACAGCACUUUGCAGUCCAAGUCCAAGUACUCCAGCUUCCAGGACAGCCUAAAGCGUGAUGAGUUUCUACGAGAAGAGAAACCCUAUACGUUGUCCCACUCACCUGGUGGCUUGCGUUCGAGCAAGACCAAAAUCUAUGAGAGCAGCCGCACGCUCAACAACAAUGUGGAGCUGGUGCCCGCACAGACCGUGACCAGCAAUGUCAACAUCGAAAAGGAACUGCAGGAUAUUGCCUUGGGUGAUGGCAUUUUGCCCGCACCCGGCACCAAGGUGACCACCACUGUGCGCACCUAUACCUAUGAAAUUCCAGCUACUGGCCCUGGCAGCACCACCAGCACGCUGAACCGCAACACCAAUACGAAUACGAAUACGCUGAGCAGCAGCUACAAGCAUCAUGAAACUCUGAAUUCGAGCCAGAACUAUGCAACGUCGCCCCAUGCACCGCCACAUGUGCCACAGACUGUGGUCUACAACACGGAGAGUUACUCCACGCUCAACAAGCCCAAUGACCGCCCCUUGGUGAGCAAUCAAUCGUAUGAGAUACGCGAGCAUAAGGAGACCACCACGCGUGGCCUGAGCCCGCAGCCGCGUCAGCUGCCGCUGGGCCCAGCUGUUAGCCCCAAUGGCAUGCCGCCACAGACCAAUCGCACUGUUAUCUACAACAUACACAAGACGGACAACACCAUAAAUGAGCAGCGUUAUCCGCACAGCCCAGCGCACAGUCCCAACUAUGGUGCACCACCACAUAGUCCAGCUCAGCCACAGCUGCCGUCAGGCGGCACCAAUCGCUACUAUUACAAGGAGACGGAAACCUCCAACACGGUCAACACCAUACAUGGCCCGCCCAAUGGUGGUGCACCCACGUACACGCUGGAGCCAUCGCAUCCGGCGCCGUUGAAGCAGCUGCCCCACAAUAGCUAUCCAAUGCCAAUCCCGCAGCCACAACCACAGCCCGGCAAUGGCUAUCCACCCAAUACUAGCUACACUUAUAAUUACUCUUCCACCACCAACACGACCAACAAUCGUCGUGGUCCCGGUUCAGGACCAGACUACGGUUCUCCUUCGCCUUUCCCUGUGGACGGCGUGCAGUAUCCCCUAACCAAUGGCAAUCCGCCACAGCGUGUGGAUGAUCUAAUGCAGUCUUUCUCCACAACGGAUCAUGUGGAUCGCGUGGAUGUAGAGACGCCUGUGCGCAAGCGUGAGAUUGAAACAGCCGUGGCCUCGCCACAACAGCAACAUGUGCCCUCUGUAAACAAAGCUGGCAAGGAUGUCUAUUAUCCACCUGGACAUGAUACUAUGACUUUAAGACGCGAGGAAAUGCAUGCAGGCUCCCAAGCAGGCGGACGCUGGGCCAAGGGCUCGGGCAUGUAUGAGUACGAGUCUGGCUCGCGCUCCAAGACGAAAACCAAGUCUGGCGGUGCUGUGGUGCCCGUUUGCCUGCCGCUCUGCUGCGCCAUGCCCUGCUCCAUUAUGUGAAGAGCCUGUCUAUGGAUUAUAGAUUACAAUCACUUUGUAUAUAGCAUUCAAAAUAUUGCCGUUUAUAGUGCUAACGCUAAUUCCUGCCUACUCCCCCCAGUUGAUAUAUUUUUUAUUUCUGUUGAGCUAACCAGUCUAUAUGCUAUAUAUGCUUUUCAUUGUUGUAAUUUGUUGAACAAAUUGUUUGAAAAUUUGAUAGAACUUAGGAGUAUGUUUAUCGCUCCGUGUCUAUGUAUUUUAUGUAACGUAUGUAUAUAUAUAAGGCAAUGCCUAACUAUUGUUGUAUUUGGUUAUAGUCUGCUCCUACCCUCCGCACAUCUAACCUAGUUUGCUCCUAAAACAAAGAACGUAACGUUUCGCUCACGCCCUCAAAUCAAAAUUUCUAAAUUGAGAAAGCAUUUAUAUUACAACGUGACCAGUGUAAAUCAUUAGCUAAAGCCCACACACACAACGUGUGGCAUAUACUUAUAAUUGUAAGUUUAUUAAUCUAAAAAGCAAAAUUUGUUUUAACUGUAGUUCUGCAUACCAAACUAAUAAAUGAGCCAUGGAAUUUAAUUCCACACUCGCCAUAAUUAUA